GAUGCCGUAACGCAAAUUAUUCGCUGCACAAAAUGUAAACAUUGUUCGUGACAUUUACCCGACAUUUACAGAAGAAAAGAGAAAUGCCAUUCAGAAUCUACGUUUUAGUGCUAUCCGGCUUGGUCGGACUGUCAGGGGCAGUGGAGGAAUGCCAGUUCUGGCGCGGGCUCGCACAAAACCUCUCCCAGGCACGAGAGGAACUCGGCAAGAUGGCAGCAAUAAGCUGCAAUAGCUCUUGUUCCUCAAUAGACUGCACCAUACAAAUGCAAACUGGAUUUGGUUCAAGUGGAAACUUGAUGUUUUGUUUUGGUCUGCAAUUGAACAGCUGUGAGGACCCUUUGAGCAUGAGUUAUUACCUCGAUGUUCCCACGGUGAAUAUCACAAUGAGUGGCAAAUUCACCCAUGAUAAUGAGUAUUCUGUGCCAGUGCCAGACAACCUGGCGAUAUCUAAUGCAGUCAAGACCACAGCGAUCAUCAAGGUUGAAAUGGUCAAGGUUAACACAACACACCUGAAAUUUGGGGUGAAUGGAAUCCUGAAGAUGAGUGUGGAUUUUCCCCUGGUUCCUGCCUUCACCAAGUCUGAGCCUGUAAUCCCGCCCACCAUCAUCGACAUCGAGCCCUGCAGGAAGAAUGGGUCAGACACAGCCCCCAGUAUCAAAAUACCCCGCAAGUGUGUCAGCUUGCCUCCAGCCCUUUCAGGAACUGGCUCUACUCCUACCACUGCGAAAAUUGUCGUCAACUCUCGCACUUUCAACAAGUCCUGUGAGUUUGGAUUGCUGGAUGGUACCCAGUGUUCACAGAACGAGAUGUGUGCAUACCUGGGAUCAGUUUCAAAGAACGCAGCGUGCCAGUGUAGGCCGCUACAUUUUCUGAGUGCCACAACGGGGUUCUGUGAGAGCUUAAUGAGCUUGACCACUGCUAAAGUUUCAGAUAUUCCUAAUGUGACACAGGCUAUGAGCAAAAGUGGUGGCAACACAGUGGACACAACCCUUUCAGGAACUGGCUCUACUCCUACCACUGCGAAAAUUGUCGUCAACUCUCGCACUUUCAACAAGUCCUGUGAGUUUGGAUUGCUGGAUGGUACCCAGUGUUCACAGAACGAGAUGUGUGCAUACCUGGGAUCAGUUUCAAAGAACGCAGCGUGCCAGUGUAGGCCGCUACAUUUUCUGAGUGCCACAACGGGGUUCUGUGAGAGCUUAAUGAGCUUGACCACUGCUAAAGUUUCAGAUAUUCCUAAUGUGACACAGGCUAUGAGCAAAAGUGGUGGCAACACAGUGGACACAACCCUUUCAGGAACUGGCUCUACUCCUACCACUGCGAAAAUUGUCGUCAACUCUCGCACUUUCAACAAGUCCUGUGAGUUUGGAUUGCUGGAUGGUACCCAGUGUUCACAGAACGAGAUGUGUGCAUACCUGGGAUCAGUUUCAAAGAACGCAGCGUGCCAGUGUAGGCCGCUACAUUUUCUGAGUGCCACAACGGGGUUCUGUGAGAGCUUAAUGAGCUUGACCACUGCUAAAGUUUCAGAUAUUCCUAAUGCGACACAGGCCAUGAGCAAAAGUGAUGGCAACAGCGUGGACACAAAAACAGGCAUGAUCAUUGGCGGUGGGGUUGGUGGGCUGCUGCUGAUAGUAGCGGUUGUUGUCUUCAUCAUCAUCAUUGGACGACAGAGGCGACGUGCAAUGUACCGCAAUCGUCACGCUCUGAUGAACGACGAUGAUGAUGAUUCGCUGGACACAAACGUCGUCAUAUAAAAAAUCCUAAGGCGUGUGGCCCCAAAAGUCCUUAUACAUUUACCACUCAGAUUCGCACUGUGAAGUGUGUGCAGUCCCUUAGAAAAUCAAAUUAAAUUAAAGACUUUUUUACUAAAGUUUUGAAGGCUCUAUUUUAUAACCCUAAGAUAUUGAUGAGCAGCGAACAGCAUAAAACCUGAACAGACUGCCAGUUACUCUGAGGCUGUUCUGGUUUUAUGGUGGUUGCAUAUAACCAUUUUCACUUUGCUAAUGCGUUUGCUGGUUAAACUAUUGUAUUGCACACAGACAUGUUUUGGUGAUACAACAGUUCAACACUGAAACCAUUUCUUUGAUGUGUUUUUGCAUUAUUGACAGUCUUAGGCAUGUAUAUUUAUAUGCAACAAACAUAAUGUUUUAUUGGUCAGGAUAGCGGAUGUAGGGGACAGAUAUUUAUAUUUUUUAUAUGGAUGUUGUAACUUAUCUUUUCCUUUGUUGGUUAUUAUAACACUGUAACAUAAGUUUUGAAUCGUACAACAUUAGUUUAAGUCAAAGUAUUGGAUGUUAAUGUAAGAAAUAAUUUCUUGGUCAAAUUCCUGCACAGUAGAAAAUUCCUCUAGUAGUCAAAAUUAAAGAUUCAGACUGUAUCUCAUAUGUUUAAUAGUUAGAACUCAAGACUGAGGCUGUUACAAAUAAUUGGGCUGUGCUCUUGGAAAACGGGGCUUUAUGCGCUUAUGUCAAGUGUUGUCCAAGAUAAGCCAGUGUAAUCCAUACAGGCUAAUGAGUGACGACACUUUCUGUCCUGAAUGAAUUUGUUUGUCAAUGAGACAUUCUUAAAACAAAAAAGUACAUGCAUAAAGCCCAUUUUUUUCAAAGAGAGAGGCUCCAUUAUGUAAAGAUUGGGAACUAUUGUGUGCAUUGAGCUAACAUAUGCUUCAUACCACUUUUUAUCACCUAUGCUUUAGAUCUGAAGGUUUCAAAUUGUUUACAAUUACUGGGACAUUUUUAAUUAUCAUAUCAAAGCAUAGAACUUUAAAUAAGAAUCCUGGUAUAUUUUUUUACUUGUAGAAAAAGUUCUUUACCAUGUAUUGAAUCUCAUAAACGUUCAUGUAAUCUUCAUAUGAUUCAAGGCCUGUCUACAUGAGUUGUGUGGGGAUUGGUUCCAGGCCUGUCUACAUAAGUUGUGUAGGCAUUGGUUUUAGGCCUGUCAACAUAAGUUGUGUAGGCAUUGGUUCCAGGCCUGUCUACACAAGUUGUGUGGGCAUUGGUUCCUGGCCUGUCUACACAAGGUGUGUGGGCGUUGGAUCCAGGCCUGUCUACAUAGGUAGUGUGGGCAUUGGUUCCAGGCCUGUCUACCUAAGUUAUGUGGGCAUUUGUCAUACAAUGUUGUUCUACGGCAAUCCUCAGCCUAUCUCAGAUUCCAGUAGGGCAGUUGUCAGUUACUGGCAUAAAUAAGUACACAAACGUACUGUUUACCCAGCAAUCCCAUGCAAAGUUUGUGUUAGUGACCUGACCUCUGUUAUAUGACUAUAUUUGUGAUAAAAGUGGCGAAAAAUCCAAUUUAACAAACAAACGUAUUUUUCACAUUUGAACACAAAACAAUAUUCAUUUAUUGCAUUAGAUAUCAUAUUUGGGUUCCACUUUGGGUAUCACAUUGUAUUUGUGUAAGGCAUCACAUUAGAUAUCAUUUGGAUUGAGCAUCAUAAUUUGAUCUGAAAUGUUCCUUGAAGUUAUUUUCCUGAAUGUUUGUAUGUGAAUACCAUUCAACAAAGUAAUAGUUUUAAAGUUAUGGAAUUAUUGUUUGGUAAUAUAUUUUAAUAAGUUACAGAUGCAGUUAGCCCAUAAUUGUGCAUUUAUUUAGUUGAUUCUUUUUUUUGUUUGUAUUUAAAAUCUUUAAAAUCUCAUUCUGUAAAAGGUUGUUAUUUGUUGACACAUGUAUGUAUACAUAUGUAUUUGUAUUAUUCCAUGGAACAAACUGAUUACUGGACUUUUACUUUUUUAUUUUCUUCUUGGGAGUUGUAGGUCUUGAUAGAUGGUGUAAUACACAAAAUAUUUCUCGAAAUUGUGAAUUACACCUGUAUAUUUUGCGGAUGUAUGCAUCAAGAACAAAAUGUAAUUCUACAAAGACAUAUGAUCUGCUAUAUUUUAUGUACAUGUAUGUAACAGGGUGUAUUUGUUGCAAUUAACAAGCAUUUUGCUUUGUUCUAAAGUAAACUGAACACUCUGUGCCUAAUUCAUUAUUAAUUAUCAUUGAAGAAGUGCAAUUUAUAUAUUUGUAGUAAGAUUGUUUUGCAAUUAAGUUUGUAUUUUAGAUUUAAAUGAUUUCAAUAAGAGUAUACCUGGUAAAUAAAAAAAACUCAUAAAUGUAUUUCAAAAUUUUCUUUGAAUUUGGUCAUUUAAAAAAAGACAAUUGUAACAAAUAUGCUAUUAGUUUUGCCAUUUCUAAGAAUUAAGCGUUAAAACAAACAAAAGUUGAAAGUUAAAAAUUCCAAAAAGGCCACAGGAUCCAAGUUAAGGGCAAACAGAAUCAAAACAAGUAUUCUGCAAUAAUAACUGUGAAGGCACCCUUUUCUGAAGAAAGAGCACAGUGUAUUUUAAUAUGGCCCAUAUUAAUUUCACUUUUGUCUGCCCCUUACAUUAUAUAAUAUUAUAAAACUGUUUGUUAUAAUUUAUCAAUAAUCAGUCAUAAUAAAGUUCAUGUUUUCUUAGUCAUAUCAGGUAAAGUUUGUAGAAUAUGUGUUCUUUUACAUAUACUAGUGGAACUUAGAGUUUAUUUGUUUUCUUUUUAACUCACCUGAGCACAAUGUGCUCAUGGUGAGCUUUUGUGAUCGCCUUUGUCCUUGUGCCUCAUGCAGCGUCAAUAUUUGCCAUGUUAACGCUUUAAAGGCCACAUCUUUUGUCAGAUCUUCAUGAAAUUUUCUCUGAAGAUUUGUGCCAAUGAUAUAUUUGACAAGUUCAAAAUGGUGCCUGUUGGUUGAAAAACACGGCCACCAGGGGGCGGGGUAUUUUUCCUAAUAUGUCUAUAGUAAAAUCUUGUUAACACUUUAGAGGCCACAUUAUGUCCGACUUUCAAAAACUUAGUCAUAAGAUUUGUCGCAAUGAUAUCUUGGACGAGUUCGAAAAUGGUUUGGGUUGGUUGAAAAACAUGGCCACCAGGGGUGGGGCAUUUUUUCUUAUAUCGCUAUAGUAAAAAGUCGUUAAUGCUCUUAAAGUCACAUUAAUUGUUCAAUCUUCAUGAAACAUGGUCAGAACAUUUGUUUUAAUUAUAUCUAGGAUUAUUUCAAAAAUGGUUCCAGUCUGUUGAAAAACAUUGCGGCAAGGUGCGGGAAAUUUGUUCUUAUAUGGCCAUCGUAAAACUUUUUAGCACUCUAAAAGUUACAGUUAUAGUUCACUCUUCAUGAAACUUGAUCAGAACAUUUGUUCUAAUGAUAUCUUGGGCUGCACAUAAAAGGUCAGUGUCUUUGUAUCUCAGGUGAGCGACUUUGGACCUUUCACGCCCUCUUGUUUGUUGUUGUUGUUCACAUGACAUAUUUAUAAUAACUAUUAAUAAAAUGCUUUCUGACAGCAGUGA